UUUUAACGCUCAAUAUACAAAACAAAUGAUAAACUUUGCUCUGAAGAUAAGACUCAGAAGAGUGUUUAUCAUUGUUACUGCAAUAGCAGUUCACUUAAAGACUGCACCAUGCAUCUGACAAGAAAGAUACAAAUUUUACAAUAUUAAUUGCAAACAGAGGAGAGAUUGCAUGCCGCGUUGCAAGAACUGCUAAAAAAUUAGGAGUAAAGACUGUAGCAGUAUAUAGCGAUAUAGAUAAAGAUUCUUUGCACGUAGAACAAGCAGACGAAGCAUAUUGUAUCGGUCCUGCACCAUCUAAUCAGAGUUAUUUAAGACAGGAUAAAAUUAUUUCUGUGGCAAAAAAAUCAAAGUGUCAAGCGAUACAUCCUGGUUAUGGUUUUCUUUCAGAAAAUGCAGAAUUUGCAGAGCUUUGCCAAAAAGAAAAUAUUACAUUCAUUGGACCUUCGGCAGAUGCGAUUAAAAAUAUGGGAAUUAAAAGUACUUCAAAAGAUAUGAUGAUAAAAGCUGGGGUUCCUGUUAUAGCAGGAUAUCAUGGAGAUGACCAGUCUAACGAAAGCUUACUAUUGGAGGCAAGGAAGAUAGGUUUUCCUUUAAUGAUAAAGGCUGUAUGUGGAGGUGGAGGAAAAGGCAUGAGAGUAGUUUUGAAAGAAUCAGAGUUCAUCGAAGCAUUGGAAUCUGCAAAAACUGAAUCUGAAAAAGCAUUUGGCGAUUCGGCCAUUUUACUUGAACAGUAUAUCAAUAAUCCAAGACAUAUUGAAGUACAAAUUUUUGCAGAUAAACAUGGAAAUGUUGUUCACAUGUUUGAAAGAGAUUGUUCUAUUCAAAGGAGACAUCAAAAAAUUAUUGAAGAAGCACCCGCACCUGGUAUAUCAGAAAAUUUAAGAUCAGAUUUAGGCGCAACAGCAGUUCGAGCGGCUAAAGCAGUAGGAUAUGUUGGCGCUGGUACCGUCGAAUUUAUAAUGGAUCGUGAUCGAAAUAGCUUUUAUUUUAUGGAAAUGAAUACACGUCUUCAAGUAGAACAUCCUAUCACGGAAGCAAUUACAGGAUUGGAUUUGGUUGAAUGGCAAUUACAUGUAGCAGCAGGAGAAGAACUUCCAUUAAAACAACCACAAAUUAAUUUUCAAGGACAUGCCUUUGAAGCGAGAAUUUACGCCGAAGAACCAAGAAGAAAUUUUUUACCAGGCGCGGGUAAGUUGUCGUACAUGAGAAUUCCAGAAGCCAAAAAUGAAACUAUCAGAGUUGAAACCGGAGUUCGUGAAAAGGAUGAAGUAUCGGUACAUUAUGAUCCUAUGAUCGCAAAAUUGAUCGCUUGGGGAAGAAAUCGAGAGGAAGCAUUGGCUGUACUCAGAUCAAAGUUAAACGAUUAUAACAUAGCGGGACUCAACACGAAUAUAGAAUUUAUCAAAGACCUAUGUUCCCAUUCGAAUUUUCGGCAAGGUGAAGUACACACAGGAUUCAUAGAGGAACAUUUUCAGGAAUUAUUUCGAAAAUUACACGUGCCAAAUGAAGUUGUAGCUCAGGCUGCCCUCGCUUUGAUACUUUACGAAGAUACGCGUUCUUUGCGAUCAUCUUUUACAACUAGCGAUCCUUUCAGUCCUUUUGCAACCGAAAUUGGUUUAAGAUUAAAUCAUACUUUAACACGCACUUUUUCUUUCAACGUCUGCGACGAUGAUAUCAAAGUUGAAGUAAGAUAUGUGGAACCUGAAGUCUAUUCCAUGAGAAUCAAUCAAAUUGGUCCUUGGAAGAGAGUAACAGGCACAUUAAAAAAAAAGGAAAACUCCUUGGAAUUGCGUACCGAGGACCGUGAGUGGCAAUUUAACAUACCUCCUAUAAAAUUUCUUCAUGAUCUUACAAAGUGUCAAAUUAAGGUGGAUCCCUGCAAAGCUUCAAGUCCUAUACCAGGUACUAUAGAAAAAUUAUGCGUAACGAAGGGAGACGCUGUAAAGAUUGGAGACGCUUUGCUCGUAAUUAAUGCCAUGAAGAUGGAACAUAUUGUCAGAGCAUCUAUAAAUGGAACCGUCGAAGACGUACUAUGUGCAAUAGGUGAUAAUGUGCCAAAGGAUAAAAUUCUGAUUAAGUUAACUCAAUCUGUAUCUUAAAACAUAAAUAUUACAAAUUAUUAUUGUUUUUAUCCUGUCAUAUUUUUUUACUCGAUUACUUUUAAAUAAUUCUUUCCUGUCGUACAGUUCCAAACAAUUCGUAAUAUCCCUAUUCUCAUUCGACCAACGUAUUUUGUAUGCAAAUCAAAUGUAAAUUACACACAUGUACAAUGUACAAAUUCUAACUUUUCGAUGUAAAUUAUUUGAAUAAAAAUUGCGAAUAACGUACAUAAAAUUAUAAUGUUUAAUGUAUCGUUAAAUUAACGUACAACGUAAGUUAAACGACUCUAUUUCCGUUAUUGCUAAAAACGCGCCAAAUGGUGUUGCACGAUUCAUGGUGUACAAAACGAGUUUAGUUCAAGUUUAGUUCAAGAAUGACAAAGUGGUUUUUAAAUAAUUUUUAGGAGAAUUAUAAAAAAAAAUGAGUAAUUUCAGAUCUCCAAUGCGAUGUAUUUCUCCUAACGCGAGGAUUUUAAGUGCCAAACCACAAGUGGAACAAACGCUCGAUAUAAGACAAACUCAAAGCAAAGCAAGAAACAAUAUUACGUGGUUUUUUGUCAACAGUUCUUUAUUUGGAAUCCUUAUUUUUGAUAUAGUCUACGGAGGCGCAGCAUACGAACCAUUCUGUUGGGCUGAGUGGUGUUUGGCUUUGAUAUUUGCGUUAAAUUCUCUUUAUCAUAUAACAAAAUACGCAUGGGCUAAUUUUUCUCUACAGCCAAUUCUACUGAAUCCUAAACAAAGACGUCUAUUGGGUAUAUCCGAGGAUGAUCCUCUUUUUAAGAAUGAACAACCAUCAUCUCCGAAAGCAUCUGAGCCAAUGGUUCCAUUAAAUUUGUCAUGCAUAAGUCGUCUCAACAGAAGAAUGACUCCACUUGGUUCUACAGGAUUAAGUGAAUCCAAGGACUUUUCAUCACCAACUCAGUUUUUUAAAUAUGGUAGUCCUACGUCACAAAAAUCAACAUCCAAUCCUAACGGAUCUUUUAACAAAUCUCUUAAUACUUCGACAAAUGGAAAUUUAACAAGCGAAGAUUUGAUUCAAAGUGAAAGGGAAUUAAAAAAUUACUUGGAGGAAGCUCAUAAAAAAAAACACAUUCUAUCAACAGAUAUUGAUCAGCCAUCUAAUUUGCUCAGCUCAUUUUGGUCACAUCCAGCGAUUAGAAGUCCUGGAGAGGUUUCUCCAUUGUUAAGAAGAUGUGCAUAUCAAUUAGCACCUAUUAUCGACAAGUCAAAAUCAGCUAGUCCUGGCAGCGAAGAAGGAAAUUCACCUAGGGGUAUGUUUGGCGGACCAGACGUUUGGAGAAAAUAUAGAAUCGAUCCAAUUAAAGUAAACGAAUGGACGGCUCAUCUUCGCAUGUGGAUUAGUAAAACAGUUAUCGAACGUGUAGCAACUGAAAUCGACAAUGUUUGUUUGGCAUUGGUUCGUCAUGGUUUAAGUGAUUCCCAAUUAGGAUGUGUUGGAUUGCAUAGAUUGAGAAAACUUGCACAAGCACCAUUUUUAGUAUUUGCUAUUCCUACUUUACCAACUUUGGUACCUUUUUUAGAACUUUCUAAUAACCAGGAAUAUUUAAUUAAGAGAAUCAAAAUUCUUGCAAAAGGAGGUUCAAUGAGCGAGUUCAAGUGGAAUGGUGGAGGAUCUCACAAUGGUAAAGAAUGGGAUUCCAGUUUGCCAACUGAUUCAGCGAUAAUUAUGCAUUUGAUAUCAACAUAUAUGGAUACACAAUUGGAAGCCCCUUUAGAUCAACCCGAUGCGCGACCAUUUACAUCAAGAUACAUGGCUAGAUCAGGAAUGACUUUACCACGUAGCAAAGGUCCUGUAAUAGUAUGUCAGUCUAUAAAUCCACCGCAUUACAGUCUAGCACAUUCUGGAGAUUCAUUACCUAGCGAUUACGAAGAAGUACAACGUGGUAGAAACAACUUAUUUCAUACGCUUCUGUUAUUUCUAUACAUCGUUAAAACGAGAGAUCAUGGUAUGUUGGGUCGCGUUAAUUUGGGUACGUCGGGCAUAAACGUUUUGUGGGUAAUCGACGGUUGAACAUCUGGUAACAUCUCUAACAGUUGACAAUUGUUAUACCACAAAUAUUCGACUGCACAUCAUCUUUUUUUUUUUGUCUCAUUUUUGAUUCGUGUUUAUUUGUAAUAACUUAUUGAUAAUAUAACCUGGCGCAUCUUUUACAUACGUUUCAAGAAAUUAAGAAAAUUCUAUGUACAUCAUAUAUAUGUGCGUUUGUAUGCGUCUAUAGGAGUAGAAAUUUAUCAUAAUCGUUUCAAUACUACGAAUAUGUUUUAUUCACAGUACUUAAGUAUAUGUACAAAUAAAUCAUAAAUCACGAUGCGGUGUCUGUUAAAAAUAAAUUUUUAAUACAUUGUAGUAUAGCAUAUGAUAGCUGGGUUUGUAAGUCUUUUAUUUUACAACUUUUAACGUAAUGUGCUAUACUAAAUGCACAUACGAUGUAACAAAUAUCGCAGAAUUCUUUACUGGACUUUUGGGACAAACUGUCACUAUCCGACCAAAUAAAUGCGUCGAUUUAACGAAUCGUAAAGUGAAUUUGCAUUCCUAUUUGCGUUUCAUUGCAUCGUACCACGCAAGGAAUGCAAUUAAUUACUUUCAACGUUACCAUUAACGCCACAUAGUUUUUAUACAAUCUUGUAAUUCUUCUUUUUUUUUCCUUUUCUUUUUAAAAUCUCAUUUCAACGGUCAAAAAUCCAUAUAUAUCGUAAAAAAUUAUGUCGCACUUUUCGUACAAUUUAUAAUACAUUCUUUGGAUAGCAUUCCCUGUACAUUUAAAAUCAAUCGGUAUAUACACCGUAGUUACAUGUCAUAAUAAAAUGAUAAUAACAUGUUCAAUGUACAGUUGAAAAGCAACAGAUUCAUUUGUACGUUAAUUUGUAACUUUUCAAGUCCGAGACGAUGAUUUUUUUCAAGGCUAAGCGGUGCUUUACUAAAUUACAAUAUCUUAUCGAUAUCGAUGAAAGAUCUGUGUUUAGAACAAAUUUAAAAAGACUCAAGAUCAUUCUAAAAUCAUUUAAAAUAACAUUAUAGAAUUAGACGAAACAUCUAACAAUUUCUAGUGAAAUUCAACAAUAAAAUAUAUUUCUAUACUUGUAUCUUUUGUUCAAAUAAAACGUAUGUGCGUGUAUAUACAUAAAUAAAAAUAUAUAUUUCGUUUCUUUUCAUACUUGAA